AUGGUCUGGGAACAGCUUGAACCUACACCACCCCAUCUUUCAUACCUUCUCAUCUCUUCGUUCUUGAUUGUCUACUGCCUCUUCGCUACCUUCGUCAGGAACCGCCUUCAUUUGUCAGAACCGCCAUUGGCACUUCUCGUUGGUAUCCUUCUGGGACCAAGAGUGCUUGGCUGGCUUAAUCCAAACUCCUGCCCUCAACAAGGAUGUACUGGCGAUGAAAGUGACAGAUGGGGUUGGGGAGACACCCAGGUCCAAGAGCUCUCGCGUGUCAUCCUCGGUGUUCAGGUCUUCACGGUCGGUGUCAGCCUGCCAAGGUACUAUGCAAGCAAGCACUGGAAGAGUGUAGGCAUUCUAUUGAGUAAGUCCUUCCUUUUCAACCUCAUAUCUGAACGACUGCCGGCUUUCUACACUUGA